AAUACCGUUAUCUUCCAGGCGGUGAGCCCGCCCAAAUUCUUUCGAACCAACCACUCUCUCUCCGUCAAUUGAACGACCUUCUCCGGUUUCUUUGGGCUUCCUGUCAUGCCAUAGCUGCUUAUCCGACACAAUGGCAGGAUUACAGACCCGGUCCACCAUGUCCCUCCCGUUCUCGCUCUCUGCGGCCUUCCGCAACCUCUCGUUAACAUCCUCCACUCGCUCAUUCUCCACGACUACCGCCGCUCAAAAGACGAAGACACUACCCGACUACAUUCCUCCUUAUCCCUGCGGCCCGAACUAUGUCUACAAGCAAUCGAAUACAGGAUUGUAUGGGGGUGCGAUGAUCCAGUUCGGAAACAAGAUCUCGCAAGGGCGAAAUGAGGGCAAGACCCGACGCAUGUGGAAACCGAACGUCCGGCGAAAGAAGCUUUGGAGCGAUGCGCUAGAGGACUUCGUGUUUAUCAAGAUCACACGGAAAGCACUGCGGACUAUCAGAAAGUCUGGUGGACUCGACAACUACCUUUUGGACGACCGGCCGGGCCGUGUGAGGGAGAUGGGUAUUUUCGGAUGGCAAUUGAGAUGGCAGUUGAUGCAGACUCCGAAGAUUCAAGAGCAAUUCCGGGAGGAGAGGAAACGACUGGGAUUACCGGAGCCUCAGUCCUUUGAGGAGUUCGUGAAGCAAAAGGAGGCUGAGGCGCAAGCGAAGGGCGAGGACAAGACCAACAUCAAGGACGAAACGCAGCCAAUUUACAACGAGAAGCUGUACUAAUCGGCUCUCUUGACGGAGACAUAACGUGAAUGAUCGAACGGUUCUCAAAAUUCCGGCGACAAUCGGAUAGGCGUCUGUAUUACUAUUUCGACAAAUGCUGUCCAC